AUGAUCCUAUGUCUCCGUCUCUGUCUCAGAGCUUCGAGAUCUUUCUUCUCUACUUCUACUGCCAACAACAGCAGCACCGUCUCUCUCUCUAAGCUACGUUUCCUCUUCCGAUUCUCUACUCUCUCUCAUCCAACUUCGUCUUCCUCCUCCUCCAAUCUCGAGUCCUAUUUCGCUCAUCUGAUUGUGACUUCCCACGGGGAUAAUCCUAAUCGACAUUGGUCCUCCAAUCAGUUUCGUCUCCUCUUCGCCGACCCAGAUUUGCUAAUCAGAGUCCUCAACAUGAUUCGCGAGAAGCCAGAAAUCGCUUAUCACUUCUUCAGGUGGCUCCAGAGGCAGCGCGAUGUCAAGCAGUCGCUGCAAGCCUUCGUCGCGAUGCUCGAGAUCUUAGCGGAGAACGAUUUGAUGUGCAAGGCGUUUCGGAUCGCCGAGAGGUGCAUCGAUCUCGGUAUGCACGAAAUCGACGAGCUUUUUCUGAUUGACGGGAACAAGUUCGAUAAGCGGAUUGCUCACAAGCUUCUGGAUCUGUUUCUCUGGGUUUACACUGAUAAAUCAAUGGUGGAGAAGUGUUUGUUGAGCUUCGAGAAGAUGAUUAGGAGAGGCUUUUUGCCGAAUGUUAGAAACUGUAACAUACUUUUGAAGCUUCUUAGGGAUAAGAAGAUGAUGGAUAAAGCUCGAGAGGUGUAUAUGACGAUGGUGGAACAUGGAAUCGUUCCUACUGUUAUCACAUUCAACACCAUGCUUGAUUCUUGUUUCAAGUCUGGAGAUUUGCAGCAGAUCCCGGAGAUUGUAUCGGAGAUGGAGAGAAGAAACGUUGUCCCUACGGUUAUCACUUUUAACACAAUGCUUGAUUCUUGUUUUAAAGCUGGAGAUUUGCAGCAAGUCCCCAAGAUUGUGUCAGAGAUGGAGAGGAGGAAGAUUGUCACCGAGGUGACUUACAAUAUACUCAUCAAUGGAUUCUCCAAGAAAGGUAAAAUGGAGGAAGCGAGGCGGUUUCAUGGAGAUAUGAGAAGAUGUGGAUUCACUCUCACUGCUUACUCGUUUAACCCGCUGAUUGAAGGGUAUUGCAAACAGGGCUUGUUUGAUGAAGCUUGGGGUGUUAGGGACGAGAUGCUCAGUGACGGUGUUUCUCCAACCACGUCUAGUUAUAAUAUUUAUAUGCACUGUCUCUGCGAGUUUGGGAGAGUAGAUGAUGCGAAAAGGCUGUUGCUUGACAUGGCAGCUCCUGAUGUUGUCUCUUACAACACUCUGAUGCAUGGAUACGUUAAUCUGAGGAAAGUUGCUGAGGCUUUUCUCUUGUUUGAUGAGUUAAGAAUUAGGAGCAUCGUUCCCAGUGUUGUCACUUACAAUACUCUGAUUGAUGGUCUUUGCGAGGCAGGGAAUAUGGGAGCUGCUCAGCGGUUGAAAGAAGAAAUGUACAGCCAGAAGAUAGAUCCUGAUGUGAAGACGUAUACGACUCUUGUUAAAGGAUUUGUCAAGAAUGGGAAACUCUCAAUGGCUAAUGCAGUGUACGAUGAGAUGUUGGGGAAAGGGAUCAAGCCUGAUAGGUAUGCGUACACGACAAGGAUUGUUGGUGAAAUGCAGCUUGGAGAUUCGGAUAAAGCGUUUCGUCUGCAGGAAGAGAUGGUGGCUAAAGCUCAUUACCCUCGAGAUCUUGUCACGUAUAACGUUUGUAUAGAUGGACUGUGCAAGGUUGGGAACCUUGAGAAAGCGAUUGAGUUUCAGCGCAAGAUUUAUAGAGAUGGUCUUGUCCCUGAUCAUGUGACUUACACCACGGUCAUGCGUGCUUAUUUGGAGAAGGGACGGUUUCAGAUGGCUAAGGUCUUGUAUCAAGAAAUGCUGAGGAGGAAGUUGUCUCCUUCUGUUGUUACCUACUUUGUGUUGAUCCAUGGCCAUGCCAAAAAGGGGAGGCUGGACCAAGCGUUCCAGUAUUACAGCGAGAUGAAGAAGAGAGGCGUUCGUCCGAACGUGAUGACGUGCAAUGCUCUUUUACAUGGCAUUUGCAAGUCCGGUGAGGUGGAUGAAGCUUACGGAUACUUCCGCAGGAUGAGAGAAGAGAGGGUGAAGCCGAAUAAGUACAGCUACACGAUGCUUAUAAACAAGAACUCUGAUCUCGGCAAGUGGGAAGAGGUUGUGAGGUUGUAUAAAGAGAUGCUGGAUAAAGAGAUUGAGCCGGAUGCUUACACGCGUUGGGCGUUUUUCAAGCAUUUGGACAGAGACCAUACGUCAAGAGAGGUUGAGUUUCUUGAUAAGUUAUUACGCAGUUGA